CGUCAUUUCCGGCACCGCAACACGGAAGUGCAGGAAAGAAAACAAAUAUUCACGUUUGAGUCGCGUUCCAGUCGCAGAAGACGCCUUAAAACACCGUUUGACCGUCAGGAAUACCACGUUUUUAACGAGGAGACCGAUUCAUGAUGGACUUCCUGUUUGGGAAGAGGAAGACUCCGGAGGAGAUGCUGAGGCAGAAUCAGAGGGCGCUCAACCGAGCCAUGAGGGAACUGGACCGAGAGCGACAGAAACUGGAGCAGCAGGAGAAGAAGAUCAUCGCUGACAUCAAGAAAAUGGCCAAACAGGGACAAAUGGACGCGGUCAAGAUCAUGGCCAAGGAUUUGGUUCGCACACGGCGCUACGUCAAGAAGUUCAUCAUGAUGAAAGCCAACAUCCAGGCCGUCAGUCUAAAGAUACAGACACUGAAGUCCAACAACAGCAUGGCUCAGGCCAUGAAGGGCGUCACCAAAGCCAUGGCAACCAUGAACAGACAGCUGAAACUUCCUCAGAUUCAGAAGAUCAUGAUGGAGUUUGAACGCCAGAGUGAAAUCAUGGACAUGAAGGAGGAGAUGAUGAAUGACGCCAUUGACGAUGCCAUGGGCGAUGAGGAUGAUGAGGAUGAGAGUGACGCCAUCGUGUCCCAAGUGCUGGACGAGCUGGGUCUCAAUCUGACCGACGAACUGUCAAAUCUUCCGAGCACCGGGGGAAGCUUGUCGGUGGCCGGAGGAAAGAAGGUGGAGCCACAAGCCGCCCUGGCUGACGCCGACGCCGACCUGGAGGAGCGGCUGAAUAACCUCCGGAGAGACUGAACAUGAAGAAGUGAUUGUUAAUACAGAAACAAUAAUACUCGAAUCUCUGUGUUUAGAUUCUUUUCGAAGGUAUAACUGGCAGAACACUUUGCUGCUUCAGCUGUGUUAUAAAGGUGUGUGGCUUUUUUUUUUUGUUCUGAGGUGUUUUUUCAUUUAAUGUGUGUAUUUUAUCAAAAAGAAAAGGAAUAACCUUUAAGGGUCGUUAUCCUUCACAGGUCUCCUUGUCUCAUUUAAGACUUUUGCCAAAUGAAACAAAUUCUCUGAAAGUGAAAAUUUAUCUCGCAGUCUUUGUAAAUACUAACUCCUCAAGGCAUGAUGUUUUUCACGAUAUAAAUUAACACUAAAAACAAAAUGUUUAAAAGAACCCAAAGGAAAGUUUCCAACAGGACAGGAGUGGAUAUUUUAUAUGUCAGCACUUUUUUUGUAUCAGGCUGGUUCAGCGGUCUUUGUAUCAUCAUCAUCAUCGUAUAAAAUACAAAGUUUUAGACCUGAUGUGAGCUUUUGAUGACUUUUGGUUACGUUUACUGUAUUUACAGUCGUCUGGGUUCAACGGAGUGGUUUAUUCUACACAAAUAAAGAAAGAAAGAAAGAAAGGUAUAUUUAGCUGACUUCACGAGUGGAGAGGUGACUCCUUUCUUAUUGGUGUUUUUGAGAUCAGCAGGACUUUUACCAAACGUUAUAAGGAGUCAGCUGUGUUAGUUUUGAGGAACUGUCCUGUUUUUGCUUUUCUUUAUUCAAUAAACAUUUUUUUUCCA